AUGCUUUUUUCAUGUAAGAAAUAGAAGUUAUUCCUAGGUCUAGCAGAUGCUUUUUGUUCUAAUUUUUUUGAUAGAUGCAUAGCAGUCGCCUCUAAACUAUUUUGUUCAAAAAGGUUAUCAUUUUGUUAAUUUUACAAAAAAAUGCAGUUUUUGUACUAGAGCUGUUUAGAAAAUAAUACGAAAGGAUAAAAUGUAACUGCCUAAUAGCAAUAGAUUCCAAAACCAAAAUAUAGUGAUGCUGCUUAUAAAUCUUAUCAUACUGAUUGUUAAGUCAAAUAAAAUGCAAGUGGUUGUAAAGAAAGAUAUGCAGUUGAUGCAAAUUACGCAGGGAGGGGAGAUUUAUACAAACUCAGCUACCACAACUCCUUUUAAUAUAUGUCUUAUCAUCAACACUAAAUUUGUUGCUAUAAAAAGUUGAUUAGUGACUGCACAACAUUCACUCAUCUUACAGGACUGAAAGAUUCUACUUGUAUUGAUAAUAAGCCUCUUAAACUGUCAAGAAAAAAAAGGUUAAUGUACAGAUUACUAAAUGAAGAUUAAUAUAUUAUUUUAUCAAAUUAUAAAUUAUAGAUGUAUUUGAAGAACUUGUUGUAUUUCUAUUAAUGA